GCGAGAAGAAUGAAUGGUUAUGCUGUGCCUCUAUACUCAGCCUCUAGAGGCACUAUCCCGGCUCGUUAGACCAAUGUUUGCUGAAACCGGACACCUGCAGUACUUGUGCCAAAGCUCCAGUCACUGACUGAAAACUGUUUAAAAGGGAAAAGGAUGAUCUUUGAGCUUUCAACUGGAGACUUUUCAUUCCCCAAAUCCCCAGCUUCCAGUCUUUCUGCAAUCAGAACCCCAAAAUCAGGAUUGGCAUAAAUGAAUAAACUACAAAGAAAGCAAGAAGAGAAACCAGCGUGGAAGCGUCCCGUCAAACUCUCGUCAUUCCGAGUAUAGGAUUGUAUGUUGGGUUUAUAGUUGUAUGCAAAACUAUUGUUUUUAUGAGAAACUUCUUUUUGGACCAUUUUUAGAAGCUUAUCCAAUGCGUCAGAAGGCAGUUGGUGCUUUCUGUCCCUCAGCUAAGGAGUCACGUUGUGAUUAAAGGACCAGGUUUUUGACUGCCAGGACAAAUGAAUACAAAUGAAUUUAGGGACCCGAAGGAGAGAUUGCACAACCUCUCAACUCGCUACAAAGAGAGCCCUAAUUCUCUGUACUGUUUUGUAUUGUACUUGUUACCUGGGACUUGCACAAGUACAUCCUGAAGAUGUGGACAUCCUCCAAAGGCUGGGCCUUGCAGGAAAGAAAGCACAAACGCCUUCAGCAACGUCCCGUUCGGUUCCUCAGGGGGUCAUUCCUUUCAAAUCUGGCGUCAUCUUCACCCAGCGUGCGCGGAUCGAGGCGCCAGUCCCCACAAUCAUUCCAGCUGCUUUCGGCACGAACUUUGCUUUGAUACUGAGCCUUUGCUCCCAUCGUAUUAACAAUGCUUUUUUAUUUACUGUUAAAACUAAAAAGAAGAAACUGCAGCUGGGGGUGCAGUUUAUACCUGGUAAAAUUAUAGUAUAUUUAGGUCAUAAGAAAUCUGUAUAUUUUGAUUAUGACGUUCACGAUGGCCAGUGGCACAAUCUGGCCAUUGACAUCAGAGGCCAAAAGGUCACUUUAUAUACUUCUUGUGGGAAGCAACGUGUACAUGCAGAUUUGCAUUUUAAAAAAGAAGAGACUCUAGAUCCUGAAGGAUCUUUCCUGUUAGGGAAAAUGAACCAACAUUCUGUUCAAUUUGAAGGUGCCAUUUGCCAGUUUGAUAUUUAUCCUUCGGCCAAGGCAGCUCAUAAUUAUUGUAAGUACAUAAAAAAACAGUGCAGGCAAGCGGAUACCUAUCGGCCUAACCUUCUUCCUCUCAUUCCCCUGAUAACUAGAGAUCCAAAUGUCACUGUUACCUUCAACACCCAUCUAUCCCAAACUGAGAUAACCAAAAAGGGUUUCAAUAUUACCCUCCCUUUAGAUAAUACUGGGGCUCCUGUUAGAUUGCUACCACAAACUAAUAAGUUGACAGCACCCUCCACUGCACAGGAUUUUUUACCAACCCCGCAUCCAGGUACCAAUGCCCCACCCCUACAAGCUACUGCCCCAACUGUAACUUUAAGGACAGGACUACAAAACUCCCAACAAGCCAGGACCCAAACUGUCACAAUGCCUCUCAGGACCAGCAGUGUUUCCUCUAAAUUGGUUCCCGUAAAAACUCCCGGUGCAGCACCAAAGCAAGUCUCCCGAACGGGGCAAGGCCUUCCCAGUAAAACCACCACGGGACCAGACAGCAAAAAGAAACCAAAAAACGGUGGCGCUGCCACUCCCUCCACACUGAAACCAACGAAAAAGAAACUGGAACUCCAAACCCCCGCGUCGGGAUCGGGCAGUCGGACAGAACUCCCAAAGAAACAGCCUCCGCCGAAAAAGAAACCUGAGCCAAAAGUGACGACUCCACGCUACCAAACCAAACCCACCACAUCCUUUGUUCCCAUCACUCCCGCUGCCACUGACAGCUUCCAAACCUACGACUUGGACCCAACUCCAUACUCUCUUCUGAUUGGACCUCCAGGACUGAAAGGGGAACCAGGACCACCGGGACUCUCAGGACCGCCAGGAAAACCAGGACUGCCAGGAAAAAGGGGGCCACGGGGUCCACCUGGUCCACAUGGAAACCCGGGACCCCCUGGCUUCCCCGGUCUCAAGGGAAGAAAGGGAGAUCCUGGCCUUUCACCUGGAAGGGCACCAAAUGGAAGAAAGGGAGACCAUGGGCGAGUGGGCUCAUCUGGUUUGUCUGGAGAAAGUGGUCGAAAGGGACAUAAAGGCCACCCUGGAUCUCCAGGACACCCAGGAGAACCAGGGGAACGUGGCCCAGAUGGAAGCCCAGGUGCCAAAGGUUAUCCUGGCAGGCAGGGGUUACCAGGACCAAUAGGAGAUCUGGGGCCUAAAGGUUCUCGGGGCUUUAUAGGAAUCCCAGGGCUUUUUGGGCUGCCUGGACCUGAUGGAGAAAGAGGUAUCGCUGGAGCUCCGGGGAAGAGGGGCAAGAUGGGUAGGCCGGGAUUUCCAGGUGACUUCGGAGAAAGAGGACCACCAGGCCCAGACGGAAACCCAGGAGAAUUGGGAGCCCCGGGUCCUUCUGGAGUUUGUGGACUCAUUGGUGAUAUGGGGACUGCUGGGGAAAUGGGGAUUCCAGGACCGCAAGGAUUUAAGGGGGUGACCGGAAACCCAGGAGAACCAGGACUGAAAGGUGAUAAGGGUGAAGUCGGACUUCCUGGGAUACCUGGAGAGAUUGGGUUUCCAGGUGACAAGGGUAUUGCCGGAUUGCCAGGAAUGCCAGGUUUGAGGGGAAAAGCUGGCCCACAGGGGAAGCCUGGUGAGAGAGGUCCAGAUGGUUUAGCAGGCCCGCCAGGCCCAGAGGGAUUUCCAGGAGAUAUUGGACCACCGGGACAAAACGGCCCUGAAGGCGCAAAGGGGAACCCAGGAGCAAGGGGUUUACCUGGGCCAAGGGGAAUGCCUGGACAGGAGGGAGAUGAAGGGCCACCAGGACCACCAGGGGCCCCAGGCUUGGAGGGCAGACCUGGUAGAAAAGGAUUUCCUGGGAGCCCUGGCCCUGAUGGUCCAAAGGGUGAACCCGGUAUUACUGGAAAGGUUGGAAAACUUGGUGAACGGGGCUUGAUGGGGUUCAUUGGGCCUGUUGGAGAGUCUGGAAUUGCAGGGGAAAAGGGUGACCGUGGUGAAAUGGGGCUGCCCGGGCCUCCAGGAGUAAAGGGAGCGAUGGGACAUCCAGGCACACCAGGUGGGACUGGCCCUACAGGACCUCCUGGGCCACCAGGACUUCCAGGAUCUCGUGGGCCAAUUGGUACAAAAGGACCGAAGGGCAGACGGGGUGCCAGAGGGCCUGAUGGUCCGUCCGGGGAGCUGGGGUCAUCAGGAGUCAAGGGUCCUGAAGGGCAACCAGGCAAACCUGGCUUUGAUGGUCAGCAGGGAAAGAUCGGAGAGCCAGGUGAAGCAGGUCCGCGGGGCUUCCCGGGAAUUCAAGGACCUACUGGUCCACCUGGAGCAAAAGGAAUUGCAGGACAGCCGGGACCUCAAGGGCCUCUGGGUAUGGCGGGACCAUUGGGAGAAAUCGGGCACAAGGGUCCUUCAGGAAAAAUCGGUGAGCCAGGCCUCCCAGGCGAACCAGGUGAUAAAGGUGAACUUGGACCCGCUGGGGGUGGAGGUGAACCAGGGCUGAUAGGUCAACGGGGGGAGCCAGGGCUGGAGGGAGAAGCUGGAUCAAUGGGGCCUGAUGGGACCAAGGGUGAAAAGGGGGACAUGGGUGUUGAAGGGGAGAAAGGAGAAAAAGGGGAGCUUGGACUGAAAGGAAAGGAAGGUCCACCCGGCGAUCCUGGAAUGACAGGUGUCAGAGGUCCUGAAGGAAAACCUGGAAAAGCUGGCGAAAGAGGCAAACCUGGCCAAAAGGGUAGUAAAGGUCACCAGGGUUAUCUGGGAGAGACGGGCAUCAUUGGCAAGCAGGGCGCUGUGGGCUACACUGGGCCGAAGGGAUCGAGAGGCACGCUUGGACCUGUGGGAGCGCCAGGUCGAAUGGGGCAGCAAGGAGAACUAGGUUUACCAGGAUAUGAGGGCCAUCAAGGAUCUCAAGGACCUAUUGGACCCCCAGGACCCAAGGGUGAAAAGGGUGAGCAAGGGGAUGAUGGGAAGGUGGAGGGGCGUCCUGGUCCACUAGGAGACAGAGGUCCUGUUGGAGACAGAGGGGACAGAGGUGAAUCUGGCGAUCCUGGCUAUCCGGGACAACAAGGACUAGAUGGGGAGAGGGGGAAACCUGGAGCACAGGGUUUGCCUGGAGAUCCCGGACCAUCAGGGCAACCAGGCCCUAAAGGAUCUAAAGGCUACGAGGGUCAAAAAGGAAAACAAGGUGUUCGGGGUGAACCAGGCAGCACUGCUCUGCCAGGUCCCUUAGGUCCUCCUGGGCACAGAGGAGUGGUGGGUCGCCAGGGGCAGGAAGGGGUGCCCGGUGUGGACGGAAUUCCAGGGAAGGAUGGCAGUCCCGGAAUCCCAGGGGAGCAGGGAGACGAUGGAGGAAUAGGAGCUCAUGGAAAGCCCGGACAGCGUGGGAAUAUCGGUUUGCCUGGACUUCCUGGAACUCAGGGAUCACCUGGAUUUAAGGGCGAGCGAGGUUUGCCUGGACAGAGUGGCCCGACUGGAAAGCGAGGGACGGUGGGAGGAAUGGGAAGGCCAGGGAACCGAGGUGAUCCAGGACCAAAAGGGCAGCCAGGUGACACUGGAGAACCAGGGUUUCCAGGCAUCCUGGGUGUGUUUGGACCAAAGGGACCUAACGGAGACCAAGGACCUGGCGGCAUUCAGGGCCCUAAAGGGCCACAAGGACUGAUGGGAAAAGAAGGCCUGGUGGGUCCAGUAGGAAUUAUAGGGCCCACUGGAUAUCCAGGACAUAAAGGGGACAAGGGGAACCGAGGUGAAAUUGGCCUACAAGGACCAAGAGGACCACCAGGACCACGUGGACCCCCUGGACCACCAGGUCCUCCAGGAAUGUCACUAACACUUAAAAACGAAGCUCUUGGUGCUGCUCUGCAGGUUUUUAUUGACUCAAACACAGCACUCAGGACAGAGAACUAUCCGAACUUGGACCUUCCAAUGCUGGACCAGGGAACAGAGAUAUUUAAGACCCUGCACUACCUCAGUAACCUGAUCCACAGCAUCAAAAACCCUCUGGGAACCCAUCACAACCCCGCACGCAUCUGCAGAGACCUCAAGGAUUGCGAACAGAGAAUGAGCGAUGGCACUUAUUGGAUUGACCCAAAUCUUGGCUGCUCCUCGGACACCAUUGAGGUGACAUGUAACUUUACCAGUGGUGGACAGACAUGUCUCAAACCUGUCUCUGUUUCCAAGUUGGAGUUUGGUGUGGGCCGUGUCCAAAUGAAUUUUCUGCACCUGUUAAGCUCGGAAGCUGUGCAGCAUAUAAUCAUCCACUGUCUGAACGUUCCGGUCUGGAAAUAUGGGAAAUCUGACAAACCUGCAAAAAAUGCUGUCAAAUUCAAGUCAUGGAAUGGGCAAACGAUUGAGGCGGGAGGUCAGAAUCUACCAGACAUCAUCAAGGACGAUUGCCGGAUUAAAGAUGGACGUUGGCAUCAGACGCAUUUUGUGUUUCACACCCAGGACCCAAAGCUGCUUCCUAUUGUAGAUGUAUUUAACCUGCCACCAACGAAGCCCGGGAUACAUUACCACCUAGAAGUUGGACCUGUAUGUUUCCUAUAAACUUAUGCUUGGCUAGCACACCACAUCAUAUCUCUUUCAGCUUGGGUCUUUUUAACAGCACAUUUUUCUCAAGACCAGUGUGGAUUAAUCCCUUCCAACCAGUUUUCAGAAUUAGUCUGUUUUAAAGCACGUGUGAACUGCAAGAGCUGCAAAAGGGUUAGUCGAAUAGGACGACCGAAACAUGGGGAAGCUAUCGAAGAACUAGAGGAUAUACAACGUCUUCUUGGACAAGUGAAACUACAGUGAAACGGUUCUGCGCUUUGAAAAUGUUUUAUUUUUGGGCAAAGUGUGGUGGAUAUCCAAUCUCAACAUCUGCCAAAGAAUCAUUCUGGGACAAAAAUCUUAACUUAUUCUUUUCACAUAUCUGAAAAUUGAUACCAAAAGUUUUUUUUGUUUUUGUUUGUUUUUUUAAAGUCUUUUGUAAUUUUGUAAGUUAAAUAUCUUUAUGUAAACAAAUAAUUUGACAGUGCAAUAGAAGAGAUUUUUAAAAAAUCAGCUUUUUUGUGCAGAACUUUUAGGCAAUUCAGGGGUUCCUUUUAAAAAAUAUUUAUAAAUAUAUAUGCAUAUUUGGAUGCAUCCAAAAGUAGAAUCCAUGAUUUUCUUUUACUAAUGCCCAGUCAUUGCACCCACAGAUCAUUCUAAUAACAAGUAGGCUUUGGCCAAGUAGGUUUUGAAUUUGCCUGGCUAAUUAUUUAAGCUAAUUCCCAAUUUUAUCAUUAGUAUUCCUGAAUUUAGAAAUUCUUGAUGUAAAGAAUAAUUAUUGAAAAGAAAUACAUAUUAGGAGUGACUCCUAAGGGGGUCUUUCUAAUAGUCGGUCUACCUCCCAUCUCUUAAUAUAUGGUGCUCCACUUCUCAUUAGCUUUUCGUUCAACAUAUUUAAAAAAAAAAAAAAACAUUACCUGGUGCUGUUAUAACCACAGAUUUCUGUGUAGAGCUUUGUGUCUUAAGUCAGCAGUGCUGUCGCACUAUUGAGCAAUAACUGCCUUUUAACUUAAGUGCCUUUUAAUUAAGGGAAUAUUUUUAUAAACUUUAAAAAGAAUAGAAAAAACAGGUCUUAAUGUGACGUGUUCCAUUCAUGCCGCAAAACCUUGUACUUAAAAUCUACAUGGAAUUUUAAAACAUAACUUUUUUUAAAAAUAUAUAUUUUCAGCUCUUUUGUACAUAACCCCCAAUUGCUGUAAUUAAUAUCUAAAAAAAACUUUAGAGAAGAUUUAGUUUUUUAAUAGUAAGCUUUUGUUUGUUUGUUUUGAAAACAAACUGUGUAUAAUUGUGCAAGCUUUGUUGUAUACAGUGGAUCCCUUCCUGCUAAUUUAAUGUUAUUUAAAUGUUUUUGAAAAUGUGGUUAUGUUAACCUAAUAAGGUUUUCUUUGUUUAGGUAAAAGUGAAAAAAAAUGUGUUUGUUUUUUGCUUCAGCACCCACCAGGUUCUGAAGUUACUUAUAGAAUUUAACUUGCUAUAAUAUGUAAAUUUGGUGCUUAAAAGGAAAAAAUGUCAGUGUUUUUCUAUUAAUCAGAACUGUACUGUACCAGGAAUAUUUUCUGUGCUUCUGUAUUUUCAUUGUGUUAACAAAAAGAACAGUAUGAAGAAUAUGUGAAAAGUUCUGUUUUUAUCCAUUUCAUCUGUUCAAGUAACAUAUACUUUAAAUAAUUAUCAAAAUACCUCACAUUUAAACAUACAAAUCUGGUAGCAUUCAUUGUUUUUUUAUUAUUAUUAUUAUUAUUAUUAUUAUUAUUAUUAUUAUUAUUAUUAUUAUUAUUUUGUAGUUAUAAUUCUGUCGGCAUUUAAGAAAUAACAGCCAAAAACAGGUUUUUUUUAGUUUUUUUUAGCAAACAUUGCCUUUUUAAAUAAGUACAGCGAUCUUCAUUGCUCUGUCCUACUUCCUGUAGCUCUAAUGUCUUCUGCUAUACACAGUCUUCAGUAAUUUCCAUUGUCUUGCAUUAACAAUUUUCAGAUGUUCAAUAAAUAUUUGAAACGAA